GGCCCAUGCGUUUGCUGCGAUGUCAUGCCAGCGCAGCCUUGAUCCGUUCCCCCUGUCUCCAUGCUGGCGCUCGAUAAGGACGAAUGAAGCGAUGUGGAUGGUCUCAAUUCCGCGGGCCCAGGUCCCGAGGUGCACCGAGUAGUCUCAUCGACCUCGUGAUGGCAAGUGCUUCGCGGAGCUGGAUUCCAGCAUGUCGGCUCACUCCACACACGACAGCGAAGGCACCGGGAGAGAUCAUGCAAUGUAUCCUGCAACCAUCUGGCCUGCCAAUGACGUUGCAGACGACAUUUAAAAUUCGGGUGGCUGGGGAAGGACUGGCUUGUGUAACGGGCUAUCCUCGGACGAGACCCGACUGCGCUGUCUGCACGCCCUCUGAGCAACUGCCUCACCUCACAAGAUAUCACGGACUGGUGUCAAGACUCAUGCGAGCAGGCAGCUCAAUUACAACCACAUCGCCGCGUGCGGUCUCGCAUGGAACCUUCCGUCGUCUUUCCGCGCGUGCGUUUCGUCUAUUUGCGGAUCCUAUUGUCGGUCCAGGUGGACUUCACAAGUUCACUCCGUCUCAUGUGCGCGCCCCACGACUCAUGCGACGAGGUUUGCUAUUGUCGCUCGGCACGACAAUAACCUCGCACGAGAGUUGGAACUACUUAAUCCCCCUGUUUCUUCUGCUGCUUCCUGACUUCUUCUUCCUUUCCAUACAUCCGAUUCCUCUACCCCUUUCACUCUGUCCAACACAACCUGCAAACCCCCCUCUUUCCCAAUCUUCCCUUUCACUCAGGCUAUCACGCUCUCUGGUAGACGUGCUCCAAGCCAAUUCCCCAUCCUCGACUUCUUCCAACUUCAACAAACUUCAACCACCAUCCUUUCAGCCAACAAACAAGGCGAAGACCUCUUCCCAGAUCCGUGAGAUCGUCAAGAACCACCCCGGCGCGUUCACAGCUGCGAAUCAGAACUAUUACAUCGACGACAUGGAUAGCAGCAGCACAUACCACGCCAAACGUCAAGCCGACAUGACUGCAAACGCGACAAGCAACGUCUCCUCCAAAGCUUCCAACGCGACUGCCACCGCCAACGGCAAGUUCAAGAUGCCCGCGCCGGAGAACCACGUUUCCAAAGCCCCUCGCGCCGCAGAGAACGACAUCAGCCCUUCGCGCAAGUCGAAGCGUCUUGAGCAGAAGGCCGAGAAGAUGGCCGAUGAGCAAGAGUCCAAGGUGACCAUCAAUCCAUCUACAACGACCACGAAGUCCGCAGGAGCUACCUCUCUCGCCAAUGUCACCACGCCGGAGAAGGUCACCAGCAAGAACGCAGUCAAGUCCGCUACUCCUGUCACAAAGCCCGUCACUCGCUCUACCUCCGCUGCCAGUACUGCCAGCGCUGUCAGCAACGAUCUCCCUGCCUCCAACGACCUGUCAACCAACGGCAACCGCAAGAAGGUCAAGACGCAAGCUCCGACCGCUACACGUGCCGCGUCCGCUGCCAAUGCCGUCAAUACCGCCGCGGACGACAACGAAUCCGAUGACGCCAACCACGCCGCGGAGGACCCUGCCAACGACGAGCAAGAAGAGGGCAGCAAAUUCAUCGGCACGCCCACUGGACGAGGAACAUCGCUCGAGAAGCCGGAAGGCGGCCCCCUACCCGCGCCAUGGCCCUGUGCUGAGCGUGACUGCAAGACGGGGCAGACGUGGUGGCCUCGCGACGGCAAAGACAGCUACGGGCGCAAGGUGAUUUCUCAAUUUUUCGGCCGCAACAAGCGCGAGACUAUGGUCAUUCCUCCGGAAGUCUGGCACAACUACUGCCGCAAGCACUACCAGACCGGUGUCUACAAAGCCAAAGCCGAGAACAACAAAUGCAUGUAUGUCAUCCGCAACAUCAACAUGCAGCUCGCGCGCAUCCAGCUCUGGCGUCCGCAAGCCACGUUCCAAGUGCAACCCGACAAGUACGCCAGCGAGCGUCUGACGAAGUACUAUCUGAUCAAAGGCGCCAACGGGCCGGAGACUGCUGCACAGAAGCUAGCCAAUGCCAGAGCAGCCGCGUCCAGCGAGACGAGGACCAAUAGGGCAGGCAAGACAGUGAAGCUGAACGAGAUCGACAAAUGGCCCAUCGACCACCUGGUCUACUUCAAGGAGCACUUCACCAGCGAGACGGCCGACCAGUCUUUCAACGACCUCAAGGCCAUCAUCGCUUGGGUCAUCGGUCUUAUCGAAGCUGGAGAGAUCGUCUGCUUGCCGCCGAUGGAGUUCUUGAUUGCGGAGCAGGCUGCCGGCGAGACUGUCAACGACAAGGACAACAACUACAACGAUUGGCUUGCGCUGGAGGAUCCCGAGGCUUACGGUGACAACGAUGACGACGAAGAUGAGGAGGAGACUGAGGAGGAUGCCACCAACGAAGCCGAGAGCCGUUCCGAGGCCGCUGGCACUGACGACGACGACGACGACGAAGAACAGCUCAGCGACGACUUCGACUUCAAGAAAGCUGUCAAGAACGUCAAGACAGCGCUCCAAGCCCUCUCGCCAUCCUCAUCCACUUCCUCCAGCAACAGCCCCUCCAACACCUUCACCUACACCCCCUUCGAGCCUUCCUACCCCGGCGCCGUCCCUGCGUCGUCAACCUACUACACCAAGCCAGGCUCGGGGAUGAAGCGCAAGUUGUGGGAGAGCUACGACGAGGAGGAUGAAGCGGUGUUCGACGCGUCGCCGUUGCAGAAGAAGUACAAGGCCGACAUCUCGCCCUCGCAGAAGAAGCGCAAAGCAGAUGUGGAUGCGGACGACGAGUACGCGGUGAUGAUGGAGGUUGAGAGGCAGUACCAAGCGAAGAAGCGCGAGCUGCACACACAAGCAUUGGCGUCUCUCCCGGCUUUUGUGCCGUCGACUGUGAGCGCGAAGGCCGGUCAGCUGAAGGGGAUGGCGGGUGGAGUGGUGGCUUACGCUUUUUCUAAUGGCAUGAAGCGCGGCAUUGACUUUGAGGAGGAUGCAGAGGAGUUUGCAUACUCGGGCAAGCGGCGUCGAUCUUUCUAAACGACUACAGCAAGCGCCAACAGGGUACUACAACAAAGGGCAGAUUUGUUGAUGGCUGGCUAUGGGAAAGCGAGCUGGAAGGACUGGCAGCAAGCGAGAGAUUUCUUUCAUCUGGGACGGGUUCGAUGCGUUUGCAAUGGCGCGGACACUGGCGUAUGGCUGGCGGUACUGA